GCCGCUUCCUUUAAGCUUAUUCGAUUUAUCCAGAGUCCAAGGAUUUGAGCACCGUGGACACUCUGUGACAAAAAGCGAAGGCGUGGGAAGACUGGCUUUGCAGCUAUUGGUAUAAAGUUGUGGUCUAUUUGAUUCUGUAUCCUGUUUACUCUUUGAAAAAAUACAUUCCAUCUUUCUACUUUUGAAUCUCAUCCUGUCAUGAAAAAAGAAAAAACUAGCCCUUGCAUCAUCGAUUGCGAUCCCGGCAUUGAUGACACCUUGGCCAUUCUCCAUGCUAUGGGGUCACCCAAGGUGGACGUCAAGGCUAUUACUCUCACCUACGGCAAUACAAACCUGAAUAAUGUGACCAAAAACCUUUUCACUAUCCUUCAUAUCCUCGGCAAAGAAGUGCAUCCUGACCGUUUGGCGACACUGCCUGAUGGACCCAACAAGGACCGAUUGGAACAAAUCAGGCACAAGAAACCCGUUAUUUCUGUUGGUGCAGUAAAGCCCUUGGUAGUGCCUACACAGUAUGGUGAGGACUUUCAUGGGCCUGAUGGGUUAGGGAAACUGCAUCUGAGUGAUCCAGACCUUGCACCAACAGACUGGGCCGAGGUUCUUGGAUUGUUGGAUCCAGAUAGGCUUGGAGGAAAGAUGGAGGCAGUAGCAGGAGAAGGUUUACCGACUGAAAAGCUGUUCACGCUAUCCAAGACACAGGCUCAUCUUGAAAUUCUGCAGCAGUUGGCAGAAGCUGAGCCUCAUACGAUCACGAUCAUCGCACUGGGGCCUAUGACUAACCUAGCUUUGGCCUAUGAAAAGGAUCCCAUUACUUUUGCUCGUUGUAAACAGGUCAUUUGUAUGGGUGGAUGCCUUGAUAUGCCGGGAAAUGUCACUCCAGUGGCAGAAUUCAACUUCUUUUCUUGCCCUCACAGCGUUCACACAAUCCUACAGGCAACAGUCAACAAAAACCCAGCGAAAGCUAUCAAAUUAUACAUGCUACCGACUGAUGUUACUCAUCAAGUAACAUUCAGGUCUUCAGUUUUAAAAAAAUACGUCAAACCCCUGGAUACACCUCUCUCUAAAUUCUCAACAAUGUUACUUGAAUACUUAUUUGAUUUGUUGGCUGAGAAGUUGCAUUAUAAGUCUAUGAAUCUACAUGACCCUUUAUGCAUUGGAUUCUUUAUGGAUCUGGAACAUGAGGACGACCUCACUGAAGUGGGCUGGCAUAUUGAGGAAUGUGACAUCCGUAUCGAGAGCAAUGGUUCGUUGACGCGCGGUAUGCUGGUAGUGGACCGGAGAAAGAAAAGUACCAAGCCUGCACCAGGUGACAUGUCACGUACACAUGUGGUCCUCAAGGCUCAUCCUAAUCGUUAUUUGAAAUCCAUGCUGUAUGAUAUCUGGGGUGUCACUAACUACUUUGAAGAUUACGAGCAUGAAAGCGAGUAACAUUAUUCAUCCUGAUGGCUGUCAAUAAUCCAG